CUUUCCUUAGCUGUGUAUGCCCAAAGGGCUGUCUUUCAGGACGCAGACAGAUAACAGAGAUCCACAGCUCCAUUCGUUCAUCAUCACCAGGGAAGAUGGCUCUCGUACAUACGGGUUUGUGCUCACGUUCUACGAGGAGGUCACAAGCAAGCAGAUCUGCACGGCCAUGCAAACGCUCUACCAGAUGCACAACGCAGAGCAAUACAGCAGCGUCUGCGCCUCCUCCUCAUGCAGCAUGGACUCCCUGGCCAGCAGCAUUGACGAGGGCGACGCCACGUCCCUCGCCAAGCUCCAGCGGUACAACUCCUACGACAUCAGCAGAGACACGCUCUACGUCUCCAAGUGCAUAUGCCUCAUCACCCCUCUGCCCUUCAUGCAAGCCUGCAAGAAGUUCCUGAUCCAGCUCUAUAAGGCGGUGACCUCCCAGCAGCCACCACCCCUGCCCCUGGAGAGCUACAUCCACAACAUCCUCUACGAGGUGCCCCUGCCACCCCCGGGCAGGUCGCUGAAGUUUUAUGGGGUUUACGAGCCCAUCAUUUGCCAGAGACCCGGGCCCAACGAGCUGCCGCUGUCUGACUAUCCGCUGCGGGAGGUCUUCGAGUUGCUGGGCCUGGAGAACCUGGUUCAGGUUUUUACCUGUGUUCUUCUGGAGAUGCAGAUCCUUCUGUACUCACAAGAUUAUCAACGUCUCAUGACAGUGGCAGAGGGGAUCACGACGCUGCUGUUCCCAUUUCAGUGGCAACACGUGUAUGUCCCCAUCCUUCCUGCCUCUCUCCUGCAUUUUCUGGAUGCUCCAGUUCCCUAUCUGAUGGGUCUGCAGUCCAAGGAGGGGACCGACCGCUCCAAGCUGGAGCUGCCUCAGGAGGCAAACUUGUGCUUUGUAGACAUUGAUAACCAUUUCAUCGAACUGCCAGAGGAAUUCCCCCAGUUCCCCAACAAGCUGGAGUUUAUCCAGGAAAUCUCCGAGGUUCUCCUGCAGUUUGGGAUCCCACCGGAGGGGAACCUGCACUGUAGUGACAGUGCCACCAAACUCAAGAACCUGGUACUUAGCGACCUGGUGAAUGACAAGAAGAAUGGCAACAUCCCCAGCAAUGCCCUCAACAUGUAUGAGCUGCUGAAAGGCAAUGAGACGAUCGCCCGCCUGCAAGCUCUCGCCAAAAGAACGGGCGUGACGAUGGAAAAAAUGGCCAUCACGGCUCCCCUCACAGAGAAGCAGAAGGACGGGAAGUUGCCAUGUGAGGAGGUGGAGCUGAGGGACUACAAACUGAACGUGCAGCUUCGUGAGGUUUUCGCCAAUCGCUUCACGCAGAUGUUCGCAGACUAUGAGGCUUUCGUCAUUCAGGCUGCCCCCGAUAUGGAGUCGUGGCUGACAAACAGGGAACAAAUGCAAAACUUUGACAAAGCUUCCUUCCUUUCGGACCAACCUGAGCCUUACCUCCCAUUCCUUUCACACUUCAUCGAAACACAGAUGUUUGCAACCUUCAUAGACAAUAAGAUAAUCUCCCAGUGGGAAGAGAAGGACCCUUUUCUGCGAGUUUUUGACUCCCGAAUUGAGAAAAUAAGGCUAUAUAAUGUAAGGGCCCCUGCACUGCGGACAUCCAACUAUCAGAAAUGCAGCACUUUGAAAGAAGCAGCCCAAUCCAUCGAGCAGCGGCUGAUGAAGAUCGAUCACACGGCCAUCCACCCGCACCUGCUGGAUAUGAAGAUCGGCCAAGGGAAGUAUGAGCAAGGAUUUUUCCCGAAGUUGCAGUCGGAUGUCUUGGCAACGGGACCCACCAAUAACAAUCGCUGGGCCAGUCGCAGCACCACCACGCAGCGGAGGAAAGACCGGCUGCGGCAGCACUCGGAGCACAUCGGGCUGGACAACGAUUUGAGGGAGAAAUACAUGCAGGAGGCGAGGAGUUUAGGAAAAAAUUUAAGGCAGCCCAAACUCUCAGACCUCUCUCCAGCUGUGAUUGCGCAGACCAACUGGAAAUUUGUGGAAGGGUUGCUGAAGGAAUGUCGCAUGAAGACUAAACGCAUGUUGGUAGAGAAGAUGGGCCAUGAAGCAGUGGAGCUGGGACAUGGAGAAGCCAACAUAACAGGUCUGGAGGAAAACACAUUGAUUGCUAGUCUCUGUGAUCUCCUGGAAAGAAUCUGGAGCCAUGGUCUGCAGGUCAAGCAGGGGAAGUCUGCCUUGUGGUCCCAUUUACUUCAGUACCAGGAGAGAGAAGAGAAGCAAGAGCAUAGUGCAGAGUCCCCAGGUAAGUACUUGGCAGUUGACUCCACGAAGGAAAGACGGAAGUCUGACACGGGAAUUACUCUGCCAACUUUGAGGGUUUCCCUGAUACAAGAUAUGAGGCACGUUCAGAACAUGAGUGAGAUAAAGACUGAUGUGGGGCGAGCCCGAGCCUGGAUACGACUUUCUCUGGAGAAGAAGCUUUUGUCUCAGCACCUGAAGCAGCUGCUUUCCAACCAGGCACUUGCCAAGAAACUUUACAAGCGUUAUGCUUUCCUGCGCUGUGAAGAAGAACGGGAGCAGUUUCUCUAUCACCUGCUCUCACUCAAUGCUGUGGAUUAUUUCUGCUUCACAAGCGUCUUCACCACAAUCA